AUGGCAUUGGAAUUACCGUUACGUAACACCAAGAACAGGUUCAUCAUUCUAAUUCUUUUGACUUUUGAUCUUGUAUUAGAAAUUGCUGCAAUGGAGCUCUCUCCACACUCAUUCGUGAACCUGGCUGAUCCACACACCUCUGAAAAUCAAUAUGGCUACGCGUAUCUUCCAAAAUCAUAUCUUACAUCUUCAUAUCACCAGACAGCUCCGCUCAGCCGUUACCAACCCCCUGAAAGGACAUACCAACCGUUCACGAUAGCAUCUGAUGGAAGGACUGAAAGUACUUAUAUUGCAAGGGAUGCUUUCAGACCUACCAAGCCAGAAACUACUCUUUCCAUUUCCAGGGCACCAGUGCCACUAGAUCCAAAGCUCACUGCCCCAUCAAAAAUUAUUGCGCCAUCCGACCGGAGGGUUUCAAGUCAAGGGCACGGAAGUAUUUCAGGGCAGCUUUCCAAAACUGUUGCGCAAAAUAACAAUCCCUCGACCUCCAGGGUUCCGCUGAGUCGCUUUGCGCAAUCACAAGCCAUCAGGCCACCCACCGGGGGCGCAGGAUCAAACCGCGGUCCCGGAAGUAUUUCUGAAAAGGAUUCCAUACACUCUAUCCAGAACGAUGGACCUUCACCUCGGCGAUCCACCAUGGUUAUUGCAAGCAAAAGACCUGAAAUUAUAUCUGGACGGGUCUCCAGCCCAGUUUACGACGGCCCUUCAUUUACCAUCUUGAGGUCAAGGUUUAGACCUCAACACCAGGAAAAAAAAAUUGGGUCACCCACUGCGGUUAUAUAUUCAAAUCAUGAAAGUCCCAAGAGUGUUCUUGAAUCUCAAAGGCCUCCAGCACAGUCUUUGGGUCCAUCAAAAACUCAAAGGCCACCGGUAACUGGAAAUAUGCCCUCAAUUUACAAGCGCCCUGUUAUGGAUGAAAAGCCAAAGAAAGCAGGUUUCAGAAUCAAUUCAGGUCUACAUGGCAAGAAGCUCUCAGAUCCAAAUGAAAAUGAACUGGGAUUUAUUUUGUUUGCUGAUCCAUUUCAUCAAUCAACUCGCUUGUAUAGAAAAAAUAUAGCGGAACAUCAAAAAAGAUUGAGAAAUUUACGUGGCACUAUUGAUAGCAUUUCAAGUGCAAAACUUGCUUGGACGGAAGUUGAAAUCCUUGGGAAAUCCUUGGAAUCAGUCAAGCCUGACCUUAAUCAUAGCAUCAAAUUCUCAGGUGUCUCAAAAAGCUCCAAAAAGGAGACAAUUGAAUUUCAAAGACAGCAGAAGUCUAAAGACCUUCUUGAAAGAUUCCAAAAACUUCAAGCAAUUCAAUCAGCCAAAACCUCCGGGGAAGAUCUAGAUUACAUCAUUGAAACGCUCAAGGGCCUGAGUGCCGAGGAAAGAGGGGGACGAUUCUGGACUAAAUAUGAUGUGGAAUUAGUUGAGAUUUUAGAGUCCAAGAGCAACAAAUUGCUUGAAGAUGGACAACUGAAUCUCAACAAAAUGGUGCACAAUGUCAGGAACCAAAAGGCUUAUGUGGUAUUAAAAGCAAGUCUUGGCCAUUAUACCAAUCCAAAGAAAUUGCAGGCAUUAACCGAGUUAUUUCAAAAAAUAGCGAAACAUCUUGGAUUUAAAAGCCCAGGAAAUCAACCAGAUCGGCAAGCAGGUCAUUUCAUAGAACAAGAGACUCAAGAGGUUAAACGAUUUGCAAGACGGUACGACUGGAUGAAAGCACAAUUAUGGGAGACCAAGAGCUCGGACCUAAUCAAUCACGUCAGGAAACAACUGAGUGAGGAACAGGGCUCUGCAGUGAGGGAAAUUACAAUUGACAUGUUGAAGAUCCAAGAAAGGGAAGACAAUAGUCUUAAGGAUCGCUUGGACCAGUUGGAGGAUAGAAUUGCCUCCAAUAAUGUGGGGAAUGAGGUUGAUCUAGAAGAAUCUAUUGAGUUUGAAGACUCUUUAGAUCUUGAUCAAAAGCUUGCAAUACUUGAGCUGGCACUCUGGAAGAUACCUCUAAACUUAGCAGCGGACAAAGCAUUCCAGAAACUGGCGAAUGAUCCAAAACUGAUGAAAGCAUGUCUAGAUAGAGUAGAAGACCAAAAUCUUGCAUUGAAGCUCUCCCAAAAAACUCUCAGUUUAGACCAACUAAAGCAGAAGGAAUGGGACAAACUGCAAUUCCUCUUUCCCAAAGAGCUCAAAUCGCUAGUUCAUACCACUUCUCAUGGCCAGGGAUUAGAGGUCCCUUCUGACCAAAGAAUGAAGCUUCUGAAAGAGGCAACAAUGCUCCUUCAAAGAGCCUCCGAAUCCCUCUCUCUCAGCCAAAAGAUCCCUUUCGAUAUCACUUAUCCCGUUCAUCAUUUCCUUAACAUGGAAGCAAACCUCGAGCUCCAAAGACUCCGAUUUGAAGUCAAUCAACUCGAUCAAUCUUCCCAAGACAUCGUGCGUAAGGCGCUACAAAUUGAGAAGAAAGCAUUAUAA